UGUUAACAGACGUGGUGUGUCUGUCUGAAUUACCAUCCAAAACUCUUCACACCUGGCUUGCCACUAAACAAAAAUUGGUGAAAAUUAUACCGUUUGGGGUCUCCGUGGGUGCAUCGACGAGGUAUUUCAAUUGUGGUAAAUAGAUAAACGUAAUGUCUCUAGUGAUUAAUGUUUAUUUACAAGUUCAUUGCACAUGCUACUGUUUGCUAGUUUUUCACGGACUCAUGAUAAACAGUUUAGUAUACAACAAGCUUACAAAGUAAAAACAAACCAUUAGGACUUUAAGUUGUAUGUCAAUACUAAUUUAACUUGCAUAUACUAAUUUAACUAAGUAGGCACAGUACAUGUAAAAAUGAAUCCUCAAGAUCCCCAAAAGAUUCUUCUGAGCGGCACCUCUACCUUGUCUCUGCAUAAUCGUUUCACCGGUUUGCUAAAUCAUCAGCAGGCCGAUGUAAUGGACCUUACAACCAAAGUGAACGCGCAGAAUUCAGCGUCUAUAAAGAACAGGCGCCUGGCUUUGGAGAUGGCCAACAAACCCUCUGUGCUUGCCGCCCUCCGCAACACAUCUGUCAGACACACUUCGCUUGACAAAAAUCAUCUCAUGAUUUUUUAUUAUAGACUAAAUAACACUUGUGACUCUUGCUGUCUGCAGAAUAUAAAUAAUCAACACUGCAAAGUGAGCGUGAAGACUAGGCUGGGUCAACCCAUUGGGAGGGGAGGGAUGUGCGCCUUCCAGAGGAAAAUAGGAGGUGGAGGUGACAGUGGAGGUCUGAUCAAAGGAUUUUACACAAGGAGAGGUGUGAUUAGACUGCAUGGUGCAGCAGCCUCCCCUUUAGGACUACAGCAGGGGUGGGGACAGAUAAAGCGUGGAGGCUGUGUGAAGAGGGCUGGACCAACGAGAAUCAGAGGAGGAGGAGCCAAUAAAAGGACAGGUGAUCGAUUUCAGGCAACAUCCAGAGGUAUAAACUCUCCUGUAUGUACAGGUAGUAGCCAGUUAACACCUGUCAGUGGGGCGUGUUCAGGAAACAGCUGGGCCAGGUUCAAAAGCGACCCAGUUCCUUCUCGGGAGGAGUUAGAUAAACAACUGGAUGAAUACAUGUCCACAAGCAAGAGUCACCUGGAUGCAGAGCUUGAUGCAUAUAUGGCCCAGGUUGAUUUGGAGGAGAUAAUGUGAUGCGGGCUCUUAGCUUCAGCACUUAAGACUAUAGUUGAACAACAUACAUUUUAAUUUAAGGUUGACUGAUGGUACAUAUAAUCUACACAAAAGAUUCUGUAACAUUAAUAUUUGUCCAUGUUGAAUACAAGCAGACCUCAAGUAAUUUUUUACCGUUACUGACCAUUAAAGUCUACUGCUUAGAAAGCAUCAGCUUCAGUUGGAUUCAAUUUUUGUGCCAUCCUAGUGAUCAUUACUAAAAAAAAAAAAGAAAUGAAUGGCUUUCUUAAGGAUUUGUGUGCUUUAAAAAAAAUCUUUUCAGUAGUCUAGCAGGAUGUAGUUUCUGAGAAAACUCUUUCAAAAUGCAGUUCAUUUAAUAAGCAGUUCAAUUACAUUUUUGAUCGUAUGAAUCUGAUUCACCUUUCAGUUAAAGCCAUUUUUAAUUGUGACAACUGUACAAAGAAAAAUCAAGCUGUUUGUUAAUACGUUAUAUAAUUACAGUAGAACUGGGAGUCAGACACAUUUGUGUUCUGGGAAAAUUUGUCUAUCUGGUCUGUAGGAGUGACUCUAUGUGGGCCAUGUUUUUUUUCUUCAAAAAGGGUUUUGUAUCACUCCUAUAUCAUUACAGUAUGUAGGAUUGACUACACAUUUAACUCAUUGGAUAAUAUGUGCCAUAGGUGGUCAAUAAAAAAGUUAAAUGUGAGUUUGUCUAAUGUUUAAUAAAAAUGUAGUUUGCUCUUUGUCUGAUGCUUUGUUUAAUUUGUUUUUGGAUUAAACACCCUUUCAAACUCUAUUGAUACAAAACCAUCAAAUUGGGAUAAUAUUAGCCAUCUCUGUAUCGACCAAUAAAUGUUCAU